AUGGCUAAGUCCACCCAUAAUCUCCCGCCAGGGGUCGUCAUCUCUUCUCCAAACGCCAGCACUGGUACUGCCACUUCAUCACCCGCUACCACCCCAGAACCCACCGGGACCUCUUCUACAUUCGAUAACCUCAGUACCUCUUAUACAUCUGACACCCUCGGUACCUCUUAUACAUCCGACAUCACCGGGUCUUCUGUUACAUACCCGGCUUCUUCUACAUCAAAUACUGUUGAGUCCCUUGCAGUUCUGCCUCCAACAUCUGCCACCGCGGCGAUCUCAUCGACAUCACCCCAAUCUUUUGCUGAACAAAUCACAUCAUCUUCAGCAGCUGAGGCAACAACAACAACAUCGGAAACUACGACUAGUUCAUCGGCAACUUCGUCCACACAUAUCAACACCGGCGCCAUAGCAGGCGGCGUCAUCGGUGGAGUCGUCGUCGUCGUAUUGCUCAUCCUUGGCCUCAUCCUCCGCCGUCGACGCAAAAAACACAUCGCACCGUCCUCCGAAUUCGCAGAAACCAUCAAACGCGGCGAGUUGCCCGUCCUUCGCUUAGAUUCCGGCGUAGAAAUCGUACCCUCAUGGUCACAUAAUCAAGUUCCCCUACCACUGCAGCAAGACUCAUAUUACACGAGUCCUGCCAUGUCGGAUAUGAAACUCCUAGAUGGGAUGAGGAUGGGAGGAUCAGAUGAGCAAUCCGUGCGUUACAGUGUAGAAAAGCCGUUGCAGCCUCUUCGGCGCUCAAGUCAGCAGGGUUCGAAUGAAUUCACGACAAUGGGCAACACUGCGCAUAGGGUAUCCAGCAUCGGCAGCUCACAAGAGUUCUGGUCCCGUGACGCAGGAAAAUUCGACAUUCGGAAAGACUAUAGAUCUAUAUCCCCCCUUCCUACAAACACCAACUAUGCACCCUUGAUGCAAAACACGUACCCCAUGGAGCCUUCUCACGCAGUGGAUACCCUGCAGAACUCGUAUGCUGAUCUGUGGAAGCUCUCCGUUGCCCCGAUGAUGCGCUCACUACCAGAUUCUGUUCGGAACGGUGCGAGCACACAGCCUUUACCCCCGUUGAGACCUGUACGACGUAGUGUGGACGUUGGGAGUGGGAGGAAGGUUUAAUAUUAUUGCUAUUCUUCAUGUAUAUUUGCUGAACUUUUAUGUCCGAGUCGGAUUUUUGAUAUUUGGUACAUAGUAUCCAACUCGAGGAUUACUGGUAAUCAAAUUUCGGAGGUUAUGCGUGGCGAACUAAAGUCUGCUGUUCUUUAGUUUGCAGCGUUUGUUACCCCGGUGUCACCAAAGUACGACAUACAUCCAUAGGGCAUACGCUCAUGAACUGUGGAAGCAUCUUCAUCGCCUCCAGGAGACAUGUAUGUACAGGAAUUUAAAUGCCCGAAACAAAUUUGCCACUUCA